AUUUUAAUCAAUUAAUGUCUUUUUUUAAUUAAUAAUAUCGAUAUACCGUCUUCGAGAAGGUGUUGUGUAAAUAAUCCAAAUACAUUUUGUUACAUUUGUGGUGAAUAUGUAGUGAAAAAGUUUAGAAAACCUAUAACAGAUUCAGUGAAGAAGACAUACGUUGACUACUUUAAUAUAGAGAUGAAGGCUUUGAACAAACCGUAUGUUCCAAACAUCGUAUGCAAGUUGUGUAGUGAACAUUUAAGACAGUGGGCAAAUGGUAAACGUAAUCAUUUAAAGUAUAGUGUGCCAAUGAUUUGGACAGAACCGAAAAAUCACAUUGAUGACUAUUAUAUUUGUGUUGUAGAAUUACAUGGUACAAACAAAAGAAAAAUGACAUAUCCUGAUUUACCGUCUGCUAAAAGACCUCGACUGUGUUUAAAUGACGUACCAUCUCCUAUGAGUCAAGAUCUUUCAAAUCUAUCAGAUUUGUCGGACACAGAGAUGGUGGAAGUUUUUUCUGAUAAACGUGACAGUGAUUUUGAAGUAUCAACAUCGCCUUCACAUUUUUCUCAAUAUGCUUUAAGUGAUUUGAUUAGAGACCUUGACCUUUCGAAAGAGCGAUCUGAGUUACUAGUAUCUAAACUCAAAGAAAGAAAUUUGUUAUCUCAAGGUACAAAAAUAACAUUUUAUCGUGAUCGUGAAAAAGAAUUUCUUCCAUUUUUUAGCUCAGAAAAUGAUAUAGUUUAUUUUAAUAACAUUAGUGGCCUUCUGAUGAAACUGGGGCUCUCAAGAUACAAAGCUGAAUAA